AUGGAAUAUCAGAUAUUUUAAUAUCACCCCCUCCCCCUGCCCCAUCCCCUUCUCUCUCCACCUUGAUUGACAGGUCGUGGCUGGGGGACAAUUCCGGAUGCUCAAGGAACCGCUGGGGUUUCUGAAACUGCUGGAAUGGCUCUUUGCUAUCUUUGCGUUCGCCACCUGCGGGACCUACAGCGGGGAAUUUCGCCUCAGCGUUGAGUGUGUGAAUAAAAGCGAGAGCGACUUGAACAUUGAAGUGGAGUUUGGCUACCCAUUCAGACUCCACCAGGUCUAUUUCGACGUCCCAGCCUGCAAGGGGACCGAGGUGGAGAAGGUGUUCCUCAUUGGGGAUUAUUCCUCCUCCGCCGAAUUCUUCGUCACCAUCGCCGUCUUCGCCUUCCUGUACUCGCUGGCUGCCACUGUCGUCUACCUCUUCAUGGAGAACAAGUACCGGGAGAACAACAAGGGCCCCAUGAUCGAUUUCGUCGUCACCGCUGUCUUCGCCUUCAUGUGGCUGGUGAGCUCGUGCGCCUGGGCCAAGGGUCUCUCCGACGUCAAGCUGGCCACGGACCCCGACAACGUGAUCGAGGGGCUGGAUGUCUGCAAGAAAGAGGGGAACACGUGCAAAGAGCUGAAGGAGCCCGUCAUCUCGGGGCUCAACACCUCUGUGGUCUUUGGCUUCCUGAACCUGGUGCUGUGGACGGGGAAUCUCUGGUUCGUGUUUAAGGAGACGGGUUGGAGCGCCCCCUUCGCCAAGUACCCGCCCGCCGUCCCGGAGAAGCAGCCGGCUCCGGACACCUACGCCGACUCCUACAACCAGGGCUCCGGCUACGUGCAACAGGAUUCGUACGGCCAGCAAGGCGGCUACCAGCCGGAGUACAACCAGCAAGGCUACGGGCAGCCCGACCCCUAUGCCCAGCAGGGGGGGUACAGCCAGGCCGCCCCCACCUCCUUCUCCAACCAGAUGUAGGCGGGUCUCUCCCCCAGCAGGGGGCGUCGUGAGGAGAAGACGCCUGUCCCGUCCCACCCCCCCAUGUCCCCUCAUGUGGGGGGGCUGGCAGGGGGACCCCAGGAUGAAUGUAGAUGUUUGUGCUGUUUAUAUAUAUUAUAUAUAUAUAUAUAUAUAUAUAUGAGAAAAUACCACUCUAGAUAGCCGUGCACCCCCCCACUUCCCUGCCCACCUCCCCGCAGCACCCCAACUCCAGACAGUUGUGCACCCCCACCUCCCUGC